UCAGUCACCACAGUGCUCGUGGAAUUUCCUCACCUUUUUCUGUUCACUGCAAGAGUGAACCCACAUUGCUCCCUCCAUUCACCUCUCUUCCUCUCUGGACAGAAGAGUAACAGAUUCUAUAAUGGAGAGCGCCCCUCAACUGUCUGCCAGUGACCAGGCCAACUGUGUCGAGGAAAAACCUGUGGACCCAAUGGAAGUUUUCAGCAGGCAGCUGGAAGACAUCAUCAACACAUAUGGGUCUGCAUGUAGCCUGAUGGAGGAGAAGAUCUCCAUCUUGCAGGAAGAGGAUGAAGAGAAGCUAUAUGAAGAGACAAUGGCCAAGGAUAUGGAUGCUAACACAGGGACAUGCAGCAGCCCAGAGACAGAGCAAACAGCCAGUCAGCUCCUUGAAGGACUUGGUAAUGACGCUUUGCUCCUGUUGGAAAGCCUAAAAACUCUCAUUACACCUGAAGAGAAACUGGACAUGGUGAUGAGGAAAUAUGCAGAGCUGCUAAAGGAGCAAAAAGCAGAGGAGGUACACCUAAAGCUACUUCAGAAGAAACAAGGCUUCCUGGUUAAACAGAGGGACCGGCUCCAGUUAGAUCACAGCAAGGGGAUCCUGGCACGGAGCAAGUUGGAAAACCUCUGUCGUGAGCUCCAUAAGCACAACACGACCCUGAAGGAAGACAUGCAGCAGAAGUGUCAGGAGGAUGAGAAAAAGCGAGCAGAGAUCUCCUGCCACUUCCAGAACACGGUGGUAGACAUCCAGGCCCAGAUUGAGCACCACAGCAGUCGCAACAACAAACUGUGCCAGGACAACACUGAGCUAGCCAACAAGCUCACCUCGAUCAUCCAACAGUGUGAGAAGAGGGAUGAGAGCUUUGAGAAGAUAUUCAAACAGAAAAACUUGCAGCAGCAGCUGUCCGAUACCAAACUGCAAGAAGCUAACAUGCUUUUGAAGGAAGCAGAGGAGAAACACAAGCGAGAGAAAGAAUACUUACUGACUCAUGCUGCGGAGUGGAAGCUACAGGUUAAAGAGCUGAAAGAGCAGAACACAGUGAUGCAGGCACAGCUUGUUUUAUACUCUCAGAAGUUUGAUGAGUUUCAAGCUACUCUGGCCAAAAGCAAUGAAGUUUAUGUUGCUUUCAAACAAGAAAUGGAGAAGAUGACCAAGAAGAUGAAAAAGCUGGAAAAGGAGUCCAAUGUUUGGAAAAUACGCUUUGAAAGUUGCAACAAAGCCCUUGCUGACAUGAUUGAGGAGAGAUCUGAGAAGGGCAAAGAGCUUGAACUCUUUACUCUGAAGAUUGCCAAGCUGGAAACAUUGUGCCGAGCUCUACAGGAGGAAAGAAAAGUACUAUAUGACAAAAUAAAGGAUAUCCGCUUGCAAUCCAUUUCAUCCUCAGCACACACCAUGGACAUUGUUAAGGAAGAGAUCCCAGAACUCCCGGAGCUGUCAGUCUCUGAGCCGGUGCAUAACCCGGCACUAACAGCAGAGAUGGAGAAGCUGUGGAAAGAGCAAGCCCGUCUGCAGGAGUUUGCAGCAUCCCUGAUGGCCUCGACUGCAGAUGACAUUGAGGGUUCUGACAAUGAGGAGGAAUCAUCUGAGUCUGCACAACUUGUUCCUCAUGUUCCUGUGGCAAACAAACCACCAACAGAGGAGCACAUUCUGGAUCAAGGUGUUGAAAAGGUACAUAAAUUAGAAACCAAAACAGAACAAGCUACAGUAGAACCACCCAAAGAUGAGCCACUCAAAAAAGCACCACAAAAGGCUCAACCAUCCAAAACAGAACAACCCAAAAAAGAACCAGCCAAAGCAGAAUCACCAAUAAAAGAACUACGCAAGGUAGAACCACCCAAAGUAGAGGCACCAAAAGCAGAACCAGCCAAACCAGAACCACCCAAAGAAGAAGCAACCAAAGUAGAACCACUCAAAACAGAAUCACUCAAAGAAGAACCACCUAAUACAUCUACACUCCAAGAAGAACCACCCAAAACAGAACCGUGCAAAGCAGAACCACCAAAAGAAGAACUACACAAACUAGAACCACCAAAAGAAGAACUACACAAACUAGAACCAACCACGAUAGAAAUACCAAAAGCAGAACCAAUCAAAGAACAACCACCCAAAGAAGAGCCGCCUAAAACAAAACCAUUUAAAGAUGAACCACCCAAAGAAAAGCAAACCAAACUGCCAACCAAAAAUAUUGCCAAAGUAGAGCCGAUCAAGCAAGAUGCACAAAGAAAAAAAUCCAACAAGCCAAAUUCUGUUCAACAAAAAGAAACGAAACUCAAAGAAGUAAAGAGAGUAACGAUUCAAGCUGAAGUGCCUGAAAUAAAUUAUACAAAAAAUGAACUUCAUACACAAGAAGACCCCAAAGGUGAGCCUGCAGAAGAAGCUCCAGGUAUAGAAGUGGAACCUUCUAAAGUAGAACCUAUUAUUGCCGAACCACCUGCACCCAAGACAUCCACAGCAGGGGCAGCAAAACCACAAAAUGCCAAAUCCCAAGAGGCCAAGCCUGAUGCUAAUAAACCCCACUCUAAGAAACAGGGGUACUCAAAAAAGAAAGGCGCAGCUAAAGGGACCAAGAAAACCUGAGGCAAUGAAUGUAAUGUGUGGGAUUCCAUGUCAUUACCUCUUUAUUGUGUGUGUGUGUGUGUGUGUGUGUGUGUGUGUGUGUGUGUGUUUGUGUGUUUGUGUGAGACCCUAUAUUUAUAUUCUUUUUACUCACAUAAGUAAGUUUAUUUAUAAGUCUUGAUAAGUGUUUUAAUAUUAUUGGGUGUGAUGUACCUUUUCAUUUAUUUUACUCUGCUCAAAAAUAGAGUUACCAGUCUCAAAAAUUACCAAUUAACAGAACAAAUUAUAGCCUUUUUGAAGGCUUUACAGAGUGUAAGUAGCAGACACAUCUUAAUAUUAACUAUUAAAAAAUAAAUUAAUAAAAUAUGCAAUAAUCUCAAAUAAGAUUACUGCAUAUUUUAAAUGCCUUUAGCAUUAAAAUAAUCAGAUAAUAAGAAAUAAUCAAAAACAACCAGAAGAACCAUUAAGAACCUUUCAACACAUCAAAAUAUAGAAACCUGGAAGGAUGGUGCUAACUCAUCAACUUUGUGUAAGAAAUGUGGUUGGAAAAAAAUCAUGAAUGUAGAUCACUUUACAUUAGUAAAAACCAUAGCUAUGUUUAAUGGUGAAAGUAAGCUUCAAUGCUAGAAGCAUAGCGAUCAUGCGUACUGCCCCCUGUACAACCCUUACAUUUUAACGGAACAGAGAUUAGAGCUCAGUCUGAGGAAAACAGUAGUUUUAGUCUUUUUACAAUAAAUUUAUAAUACUUACAGAUAACCUUUAAUAAACUAAAUCUUGAAAUAGAUUUUUGACAAUUAAAGUAAAUAUGUCUAAUAAUAUAUAAGAAUAAAAUGGAAACAUUUUAAGAAAUAAAAGCUGUAAUGAUUACAAAAUAGAGUUGUAAUAUUUUGAG